ACUUAUUUCCGCUUACUUUGGGGAAGCUUUUCUCUGGCUCUUUCACUUGAACUUUGUUUACAAAGUUCCUCAAAUCCUCCCUUGUGUCCAAAAUUGUGACUUCUCUUCCCAGGACCUUAUUCAUUUGGUUCUUCUGGUUAAGCGGAUCUGGCUGCGUCAGUUGCGCGUAAAUCUAAGGUGAAAAUGUGUGGCCAGAGGAGACGCGCUCUUAAAACCAUAUUUCAGCUUACCUGCCAGCUCCUUUGGAUGGUGGGCUUGGCGGUGGGCCUAAGCGGAGUCUACUUGCUAGUGAAGUUCAGACACAACAUCUUGUUUUUCUCUGAGAGUUACAUCACCCUGCCAGCUUUCCUCACGUUCUGCAGCGCUGCCUUCCUGGUGGCCACCGGGUGCUUCGGCUCCUGGGUUAGCCACAAGGAUUCCCGCUGUCUGCAAGGAAUGUUUGUUUACCUCCUCAUUAUUGUCUUUUGUCUGGAAAGUACGGCCUCAGCCUUGGCUUAUUUCCACUCAGUAAAGUUGGAUUCAGAGAUAACUCCCAUCACAGAAGUGUUUCAGAAUUAUACUGGCAGCAGUCAGGACCCCAGUUCUCGAACAGUUGACAUGGCACAAGAGGAGCUUCAGUGUUGUGGUAUUCAUAACUACACAGACUGGAUGGAAACCUCUUGGUUUAAUAAAACCGGGGGACUCUUUGUCCCCCGCAGCUGUUGCAACACUAGUUUCCCCUCAUGCAGUGGCUCCUUAGAACAGCCAUUGGAACUCUACUCAGAGGGAUGUCAGACAAAGUUGGGCAAUGUCUUUCAGUUUUUCCUAAAAUUAAUCAUCUGGGGCAUCUUGGUGGUUUCUCUGAUCGAGGUUGUUUUACUUCUCACAGCAGCACAGCUGUGGAAAGACCCACAAAGAGAGGUGUAUGAGAUGUCUAACGGUUAUGAGGAUCACAUGGGAGGGGAUGAGGGGAAGGAUGCCAAGACCAACCUGAUCGUGAACUACCUGCCGCAGAGCAUGACGCAGGAUGAGCUGCGAAGCCUCUUUAGCAGCAUUGGAGAGGUGGAGUCUGCCAAGCUGAUUCGAGACAAAGUCGCAGGCCACAGUUUAGGGUACGGAUUUGUUAACUAUCUUAACCCUAGUGAUGCAGAAAGAGCUAUCAGUACUCUGAAUGGACUAAGGCUACAGUCCAAAACUAUCAAGGUUUCAUACGCGCGGCCUAGCUCGGAUACAAUAAAAGAUGCGAACUUGUACAUCAGCGGUCUGCCCAAGUCCAUGAGUCAGAAGGAUGUUGAAGACAUGUUUUCCCGCUUUGGGCACAUCAUCAACUCUCGCGUACUUGUGGAUCAGUCUACAGGUACGACAGGUUCGUCCCGCGGGGUGGCCUUCAUUCGCUUCGACAAGCGAGCGGAGGCCGAGGAAGCCGUGAAAAACCUGAACGGCCAGAAGCCCCCAGGAGCCUCGGAGCCGAUCACGGUGAAGUUUGCCGCUAACCCGAACCAGGUGAAGAACACGCAGCUCAUCUCCCAGCUCUACCACAACCAGUCCCGGCGUUUCGGAGGGCCCCUGCACCACCAGGCACAGCGCUUCAGAUUUUCCCCCAUGGGUGUGGAUCACAUGGGCAGCAUGGGAGGUGUGAGUGUUCCCGGGAACUCCACCUCUGGCUGGUGCAUCUUCAUCUACAACCUCGGCCAGGACGCAGACGAGAGCAUCCUAUGGCAGAUGUUCGGCCCCUUUGGCGCGGUCACCAACGUUAAGGUGAUACGAGACUUCAACACCAACAAGUGCAAGGGCUUCGGCUUCGUCACCAUGACAAACUAUGAGGAGGCGGCCAUGGCCAUCGCCAGUCUGAAUGGGUACCGGCUCGGAGAUAAGAUACUGCAAGUGUCCUUUAAGACCAGCAAGGGCCACAAA